UUUUGCUUCCAAUUUGUGCGAAGCUUUUGUCGUGCACAGUACGGAUUCUAAGCGUUAAGCGGGAAAGUUUUGAAAGUUUGAAGUAGUUUUACUUACAAGUGCAAUUUAAUUAAAAUUUUAUUUUGAGUAAUUUAUAUUUUACAUCGCACAUCUUGAAAUGUCUACUGCUGGAAAAGUCAUAUCUUGCAAGGCAGCUAUUGCUUGGGAAGCUAAAAAGCCCUUUUCUAUUGAAGAAGUUCAAGUGGCACCACCGCAGAAACGUCAAGUACGCAUAAAAAUGGUUGCUACUGGAGUAUGUCAUUCCGAUGCCGUCACAUGGGGCGGCCAUGACUCAAAUGCACUUUUUCCAGUCAUACUUGGUCAUGAAGGUGCCGGCAUCGUUGAAAGUGUUGGUGAAGGUGUAAUUGGCUUUCAACCAGGAGAUCAUGUCAUUCCAGUAUUUGUUCCAAAAUGUAAUGAAUGCAAAUUUUGUAAAAGUAACAAAACAAACAUUUGUGAUAAGAUUCAUGAUGUACCGGGAGCCAUUGCUUUAGGUAAGGGUACUUUGCUAAACGGUGAAACGCCUUUCACUUGCAAAGGUAAGCCAAUACAUCAUUAUAUGGGCACUUCUACAUUUUCUGAGUAUACAGUUGUUGAUGAUAUAUUUUUAUGUAAGAUUAAUGGAAAAGCUCCGUUAGACAUAGUUUGCUUAUUAGGUUGUGGCAUAUCAACAGGUUAUGGAGCAGCAAUUAACACUGCACAAGUAAGACCAGGUAGUACUUGUGCUGUUUGGGGACUUGGCGGUGUUGGUUUAGCUGUCGUUAUGGGCUGCAAACGAGCUGGUGCUUCAAAAAUCUAUGGGAUCGACAUUAAUCCUGCGAAAUUUGAAUUAGGCAAAAAAUUUGGUGUUACUGAUUUUGUGAAUCCCAAAGACGUUGAGGGAUCCAUUUCGAAAUACCUCAUUGAAUUAACUGGUGGCGGUUUUGAUUACACCUUUGAAAGUGUUGGCAACGUUAAUACAAUGCGUGCUGCUUUUGAAUCUACACAUAGUGGUUGGGGUGUUGCGGUCGUCAUUGGUGUUGCACCUACGGGGCAAGAAAUUAGCACAAUACCUGUAAAUUUAGUGAUUGGUCGCACAUGGAAAGGUUCGGCUUAUGGAGGUUUCAAUGUAAUAGACGUGCCACAUCUUGUAGAGGAGUAUAUGAAUGGAAAGAUUAUGUUAGAUGAAUUCAUUACACACAAUGUUACGCUUGAGAAAAUUAAUGAUGCUUUUGAUUUUAUGUUAGGGGGUAAAGGUUUACGUACUGUAGUUAAAUUUCAAUAGAUUGAUGUACUUAUUUGUCAUAUUUUUCAAAAUGUCAUAUUUAUAAAUCGUACUUUAAAGUACGAUUAAAUAAUGUUUACUGAUAAAAAAUGAUUGCAAUAAAAAAACUAUUUAUUUUUAACAUAA